GACUUUCCUGUUAGUCAACCUAAUAACAUCAGCGGUAAGAGGGAGAGUGGAAAAGGAGCUGUCUUCAGAAUGCAGACAAUUCCUUUACAUGCAAACACCACCGACUGGUCUGGAACACCCCUCCCUCAGGUUCAUUUGUCAGCGUUUCAACAAGAGGACACGCUACCUGACGCUGUACAACACCGUGGAUCAUGUACCUGUGUAUUCUGCGUACACUUUCAAACGAUCAGCUGGGGACAAAUGCGUGGAUGUCCCAUGGAUGUAUGAACCACAGCUCUCCACGUAUUCUGAUACAGAUGAGAUGCAGCCAUUCCCACGUGGUUACAUGCACAUGGACUUCGAAGAUGCCCAAGCAGUCCUGGACGAUUACACAAACGCCGUACUGUAUGAGCGUGGCACCCUCAACCCAGAAGAGCAUCAGGACGAACCAGAUGACAAGGCAUCCACCUACACCCUCACCAAUGUCGUGCCCAUGACGCCCGACUUCAACAACAGAGUCUGGAACAAACAGGAGAACAUCAUCCGCAAACGGCUCAACAACUACUGCCGCGGAACCGCCUACAUCGUCACCGGUAUCACCACCUCUGGGAAGAUGAUUCGCCGGGAGAACAUGAACCGCGUGGCAGUGCCCAGGUACAUUUGGUCGGCGUAUUGCUGCAUUGACUACGACCACAAUGCACCCUCCAGCGAGCGAUAUAAGUUCCCAUCUUUCGCUCACUACGGCCUGAAUGAGGAGGAGGACAACAACAACGAGGUGGUGGAAAUCUCCGUCCAGCAGCUGAAGGAGUUCCUGAAGAAGACAACCUUUGUAGAACAGAACUUUCGGAUCUUUGUGGGUGACUGUGUGUCCCCAGGGUCCAGUAAAAAUAAAUAGGCAAAAAAUAUAGCUUUAAAGGCCUGCAAUUUAGCCAUAACACUCUGGGUCAUGUUCUGUCAUCUCUUCCUUGCACAGUGGCACACUAAAAAUGGCUCUGUUAGCAGUUGAAUGGAAUUUAGUUAUUAUUCAGCAAUUCUAUAAUUUAAACCUGGUCCUUUCCUGCUGUGUAACUUCAACAUUUUUUCUGUGACAAUAGUCUAUGGUCCUUCAUAUAAUCCAGCUCAACAUUUUAUGUUUUACCACUGGCAACAAUACAUACUAAAGACUGAAAUGUUUAGUAGUGCUCUUACUGUAUUUUAUCUCACGAAAAUGUACCCGCCUUGCCUUAUUUGCUGAAAUAAACCUUUACAACCUUUAACUAAAA